CCAUGACUCUUCUCCAUGUCACAGCUCAGCACUCACAUCACUGCUCCAUCAUUAUUCACAGGAACCCACCUGGACCUCCACCCAACCCUGUGUCCUUAAAGAGUGACACGUCCAAUGAUCGUGACAUUGAUUUUAAAGUCCAGCAGGGUUCUCCUGCAGAGAGACAGUGCAUCUGCUCAUACUGGGACCAGUCUGCUUCAUCAGGAGACUCCUCCUGUCCCCAGUGUGGAGAAAGAUCCAGAAGCAGAGCUGGACUGCAGACAGCCAGUAAGAGCAGCUGUGUACAAACAGAUGUUGGUCUGCAGGAGGUUUUAGAUGAACAUAAGAUCAGUCUGAGGAGGAGAUGUGAACGUGUGACUGAAGGAAGUGAUGAAACAGGAAGUAGAACCCUCCUCAACAGGAUCUACACUGAGCUCUACAUCACAGAAGGACCGAGUGAAGAGGUUCAUACCCAACAUGAGGUGAGGCAGCUGGAGACAGCUUCCAAGAUGGACGCCCUCCAUGACGCUCCAACCAGGUGCCAGGACAUCUUUAAAGCCUUACCUGACCAACAGAGACCCAUCAGAGUGGUUCUGACCAACGGCGUGGCUGGUGUUGGAAAAACCUUCUCAGUGCAGAAGUUCACUCUGGACUGGGCAGAGGGCUUGGAGAACCAACAUGUCAGUGUGGUGGUUCUGCUUUCAUUCAGGGAGCUGAACCUGAUCAGAGAUGAGCAGUACAGUCUUCUGGAGCUGCUCCAUGUUUUCCAUCCAACAUUACAGAAGGUCACAGCAGAGAAGCUGGCUGUCUCUCAGCUUUUGUUCAUCUUUGACGGCCUGGAUGAAAGCAGACUUUCAUUGGAUUUCACCAACAGGAAGCUGCUGUCUGAUGUCACACAGAAGUCAUCAGUCAGCCAGCUGCUGACAAACCUCAUCCAGGGGAAUCUGCUUCCCUCGGCUCUCGUCUGGAUAACUUCCCGACCUGCAGCAGCCAAUCAGAUCCCUCCUACAUGUGUUGACAGGCUAACAGAAGUACGAGGCUUCACUGACGCCCAGAAAGAGGAGUACUUCAGGAGGAGAUUCAGUGAUGAAGAGCUGUCCAGCAGAAUCAUCUCCCACAUGAAGACAUCCAGGAGCCUCCACAUCAUGUGUAGUAUCCCAGUCUUCUGCUGGAUCACUGCUACAGUUCUGGAGCACAUGCUGACUACAGAGCAGAGAGGAGAGCUGCCCAAGACCCUGACUGACAUGUACUCACACUUCCUGCUGGUUCAGACAACGAGGAAGAAGAACAAGUACCAUGAGGGACAUGAGACGAGUCCACAGGAGCUGACGGAGGCUGACAGGGAAGUUCUUCUGAAGCUGGGGAGGCUGGCGUUUGAACAUCUGGAGAAAGGAAACAUCAUGUUCUACCAAGAAGACCUGGAGCAGUGUGGUCUGGAUGUGACAGAGGCCUCGGUGUACUCAGGAGUUUGUACAGAGAUCUUCAAAAGAGAGUGUGUGAUCUUCCAGAAACCAGUCUACUGCUUUGUUCAUCUGAGCAUUCAGGAGUUUCUGGCUGCAGUCUACAUGUUACACUGUCACACCAACAGGAAGACAGAGGUGCUGAAGAACUUCCUGGGGAUAGAGAACUUCCUGGGAUAUAUUGAUUCUGUUGCUGAGUUUCUGAGCAGAGCCAUGUGUAAAUCCCUCCAGAUUAAAAAUGGCCACCUGGACCUGUUUGUUCGCUUCCUUCAUGGCCUCUGUCUGGAGUCCAACCAGAGACUCUUAAGUCUGCUGGGUCAGACAGAGAACAGUCCAGAAACCAUCCAGAGAGUCAUCAACAACCUGAAGGAGAUGAACAGUGAUGAAAUCUCUCCUGACAGAAGCAUCAACAUCUUCCACUGUCUGAUGGAGAUGAAUGACCUCUCAGUACAUCAGGAGAUCCAAGAGUUCCUGAAGUCAGAGAACAGAUCAGAGGAGGAACUCUCUGAGAUCCAGUGCUCAGCUCUGGCCUUCAUGCUGCAGAUGUCAGAGGAGGUUCUGGAUGAGUUGGACCUGCAGAAGUACAACACAUCAGUGCGGGGACGACAGAGACUGAUUCCAGCUGUGAGGAACUGCAGAAAGGCUCGACUGACUCAGUGUCGACUCUCAGAGACUCACUGUGAAGUUGUGGCCUCAGCUCUGAAGUCCAACCCCUCCCAUCUGACAGAGCUGGACAUGAGUGAGAACAACCUGCAGGAUUCAGCAGUGAAGCUUCUGUGUGCUGGACUGGAGAGUCCAAACUGUCGACUGGAGACUCUGAGAAGUGACAGACUUGAGCAGGGUUCAUUUAAAGGCUGACAGAAGUGGAGUGGUGACGGG